AUGAGAAGGAGGCGACACAUCUUAUGGUGUUUCACCGGAGAUCAGAGGAUGACGAUAACAGCGGUGACGAUCGUUGACGAUAGUGGUGGAUCUUCGUUGCUUGUCGGAACUUGUAGAUCUGUAACAGAAAAUCAUAAACCUAGUGACAUUAAUCGUGGAUCUGAAACUGAAAACGUAGAUCUGGAAUCGUUUGGAUCAUACAUAUCUAAUGGAAGUGGUUGGCCGGUGGUAGGAGGCGGCAACAACCGUGGCGUGGUGGUGGUUGGUGGUAGGUGGUGGUAUGGUUGGUGUGUUCUUCAAGUUUGGUGA